AUGCAGAAGAGUCUGCAGCUCGCUUUGCGUACCUAUUUCUGGUCCUUCUCUUGCAGAGGCUUUUGGUAUUCAGCAUGUGUCUUCGUUGCUAGGAGAUUGGGCUCAGAUUGUGAUCGAGAAGACUAUGUACCGGGUCUUGGAGUGGUGGUGUUUUGCUUUGCUUCCCUCUCUUCGGGUAUGGCGUUCCCUCUCUUCGGGUAUGGCGUUCCCUCUCUUCGGGUAUGGCGUUCACUCUCUUCGGGUAUGGCGGUGUUCUGCUUUUGCUUCAGUACCGCGAGCAGAUGCCAGUACCUGUCCAACACCCGCACCUUCUAUGCCAAGAACUACAAGUAUCCUUUUAGCAAGAAGCAGUUUGAUAGUGAGGGUCAUGCUGCCAGGCUGGCAGAUUAGGGCAUUGCCGAACACAACCUAUCUCGAGUCGAGAGAUCGACAAAGAUAGGCCUCUCUAAUAAUAUAUAGUCUCUGGGUAAAGAGCAGGUAGCCAAGAUUGUAGAGGCACUCAACCGAUCUAAUUAGUUACUAGUCAAUGGCGUAACUCGUAGCGGAGAGAAUGAUCUGGCUGUUACUAGAGUAGACGGCCUUGGUGGAGCUGAUGCGAGAGAGCGUUUCAAUGGAGGAGCUGAUCGUAGCGAAGCCUUCGAGCCAUUGGUGGAUGGCGAUAGCUGGGCUCAUAUCGAUCAGCCGUAGGUGGAAGUGAUGAACUUGACUGGUAGUGCUGGUGGUGCUGGGGCAGCUAGAGGUGCUGUUG